AUUGAAUUUACCUAGGGCUCCAUAUCAAGGUUGACUUGCAAGUCUUAUUGAAGAUCUGGGAGAAAUAGGUAUUAAGUCAUGAUGCAGGAAUCUGCGACAGAGACAAUAAGCAACAGUUCAAUGAAUCAAAAUGGAAUGAGCACUCUAAGCAGCCAAUUAGAUGCUGGCAGCAGAGAUGGAAGAUCAAGCGGUGACACCAGCUCUGAAGUAAGCACAGUAGAACUGCUGCACCUGCAACAACAGCAGGCUCUCCAAGCAGCAAGACAACUUCUCUUACAGCAGCAGACAAGUGGAUUGAAAUCUCCCAAGAGCAGUGAUAAACAGAGACCACUGCAGGAAUUGCUUCCAGAAACAAAAUUAUGUGUCUGUGGCCACUCUUCUGGUGAUGGGCAUCCUCACAACACAUUUGCAGUGCCUGUGUCGGUGGCCAUGAUGACUCCCCAGGUGAUCACCCCUCAGCAAAUGCAGCAAAUCCUUCAGCAGCAAGUCCUGUCUCCUCAGCAACUCCAAGCCCUUCUUCAGCAGCAGCAGGCAGUCAUGCUGCAGCAGCAACAACUACAAGAGUUUUACAAGAAACAGCAAGAGCAGUUACAUCUUCAGCUUUUGCAGCAGCAGCAACAGCAGCAGCAGCAGCAGCAGCAACAGCAACAGCAGCAGCAGCAGCAACAGCAGCAGCAGCAACAACAGCAGCAGCAACAGCAGCAGCCACAGCAACAGCAUCCUGGAAAGCAAGCAAAAGAGCAGCAGCAGCAGCAGCAGUUGGCAGCCCAGCAGCUUGUCUUCCAGCAGCAGCUUCUCCAGAUGCAACAACUCCAGCAGCAGCAGCAUCUGCUCAGCCUUCAGCGUCAGGGACUCAUCUCGAUCCCACCUGGCCAGGCGGCACUUCCAGUCCAGUCGCUGCCUCAAGCUGGCUUAAGUCCUGCCGAAAUUCAACAGUUAUGGAAAGAAGUGACUGGAGUUCACAGUAUGGAAGACAAUGGCAUUAAGCAUGGAGGGCUAGACCUCACUACUAACAAUUCCUCCUCGACUACCUCCUCCACCACUUCCAAAGCAUCACCACCAAUAACCCAUCAUACCAUAGUGAAUGGACAGUCUUCAGUUCUAAAUGCAAGGCGAGACAGCUCGUCGCAUGAGGAGACUGGGGCCUCUCACACUCUCUACGGCCAUGGAGUUUGCAAAUGGCCAGGCUGUGAAAGCAUUUGUGAAGAUUUUGGACAGUUUUUAAAGCACCUUAACAAUGAACACGCGUUGGAUGACCGAAGCACUGCACAGUGUCGAGUGCAAAUGCAGGUGGUGCAGCAGUUAGAGAUACAGCUUUCUAAAGAACGCGAACGUCUUCAAGCAAUGAUGACCCACUUGCACAUGCGACCCUCAGAGCCCAAACCAUCUCCCAAACCUCUAAAUCUGGUGUCUAGUGUCACCAUGUCGAAGAACAUGUUGGAGACAUCCCCACAGAGCUUACCUCAAACCCCUACCACACCAACGGCCCCAGUCACCCCGAUUACCCAGGGACCCUCAGUAAUCACCCCAGCCAGUGUGCCCAAUGUGGGAGCCAUACGAAGGCGACAUUCAGACAAAUACAACAUUCCCAUGUCAUCAGAGAUUGCCCCAAACUACGAGUUUUAUAAAAAUGCAGAUGUCAGACCACCAUUUACAUAUGCAACUCUCAUAAGGCAGGCUAUCAUGGAGUCAUCUGACAGGCAGUUAACACUUAAUGAAAUUUACAGCUGGUUUACACGGACAUUUGCUUACUUCAGGCGGAAUGCGGCAACUUGGAAGAAUGCAGUACGUCAUAAUCUUAGCCUGCACAAGUGUUUUGUUCGAGUAGAAAAUGUUAAAGGAGCAGUAUGGACUGUGGAUGAGGUAGAAUACCAGAAGCGAAGGUCACAAAAGAUAACAGGAAGCCCAACCUUAGUAAAAAACAUACCUACCAGUUUAGGCUAUGGAGCAGCUCUGAAUGCCAGUUUGCAGGCUGCCUUGGCAGAGAGCAGUUUACCACUGCUAAGUAACCCCGGGCUGAUCAAUAACGCCUCCAGUGGCCUGCUGCAGGCUGUCCAUGAAGACCUCAAUGGUUCCCUGGAUCAUAUCGACAGCAAUGGGAACAGCAGCCCAGGCUGCUCGCCUCAGCCGCACAUACAUUCAAUUCAUGUCAAGGAAGAGCCAGUGAUUGCCGAGGAUGAAGACUGCCCCAUGUCCUUAGUGACAACAGCUAAUCACAGUCCAGAACUAGAAGAUGACAGAGAGAUUGAAGAAGAGCCUUUAUCUGAAGAUCUAGAAUGA